UUCAUCUUUUGUGUGCUGUCACUUCAGAUCUCGAACUUCUCACUCGACGCAGUCACGGGGCCCCUCCAGCGUAGGACCAGAUCGACACCGAAAACAACCCAAGGUUCUGAACUUAAGGACCUUUGCCAAAAAAUUAUGUAAGCAUUAUCGUCCGGAAUAAACGGUUUACCUUUGUAAACACUUGUCUUUGCUGCCUAUAAAAACCGCCACCCACAUACGCUAAGACCUUAGACCAUCCCGAUGGUAGGGAAUAAAAAUCUCUCCCCCAAUCGGCGUUCUUACAAUAGUUAGGGAUACGGGAAAGAAAAAUGUUAAAAAACAAGGAAAAAGGGUAAGAUUUUCAGGGAUUUCUUUAUUUUAAUUUGUUAUUUGGACAUAAAACAAUCUAAGACAUUUAGUUUUUAUAUAUAAAAUGUCUACAGUGUGGCCAUAAACACCUUAUGCACGUGAUUGUCUUUGAUUUCUCAUUUAAAGACUACAUAAGAAUCUCGGGGUGAUUGACAUCGACCCCUAUGGGUCAAUAAGUCAUUUUGGGGGUCGAUUCAUUAAAAAUUAGGUACCAAAACUUAUUAAUGCGAUGAGUUUUGUAUAUGAUACUUCAGAAUGAUGUAAAUUUGCACACUGUAAGUAGAUCUUUUUUAUGAAAACGGUGUGUUGAUUAAUUCUGGCUCAUUAGAUGUAUUAUCAUCAGUAUUAUUAUUAACAGCAUUUACAAACAGAAAAUGGGAAUCAAUUGGGCAUAUUGGGAGAUACUUACGGUGCUAGUUCACCAGAUGUGAAGUGGUUCCAUUUUCUGAACACUGGGAGUUCAGUCAUGGGUUUGCACCUUGCCAGGAUGGGCUGGCCCAGAGUUUUCUGGAUUUCUCCACGUCUAUAAUGACUGAAUAGGGGCCAGUUACCUUUUAAAAUACUUCUUGAAAGGCAUUCUCCCUAGGCAGAUUGGCCAAGUGUUGCAUUACUGUAACUUAACUAAACAAACAUGGUGCUGCAGCAUUUCACAUAAUAGCAGUCAGUUUUUUUACUAUCCACGUAUUUUGUUAUUCAGCAGAGCGCUUGCUAUUCGCUAGCGGAUGUGUGAAAUAUUUAACUUCCUGCUGACGUGUUAGAAGGAACACAACAGCUAGCAUUUCGCUAAUUAAAAUGGAUGACAUUUUCACUGCAUCUGUUCUAAAUGUUUUAAGUAUUUGUUCUGAAUCUGUCGUAAAUCCAAACUCAAGUUUUUUCAGAAAUGACUAUGAUGAAUCAGAAGACUCAUCAUUAAUAGCAGCUAUCGAUUCUAACGAAGAAUAUAGGGAAGAAAGAUAUAAAAUAUCUGGCUACGUGCAUGACAUCGUGCCAAAAUACAGCGACGAUAUUUUCAAAAGUCAUUUUCGUCUAACAAGAAGCACCGUCGAGAUUUUGCUAUCUAUGCUGCCACAGGAACCAGCAAGGAGAAAAGCACGAAUUCCUAAGGAAACAUCUGUUUUAUUUUCUCUGUGGUUUAUGGGGAACCAGGAGAGCUACCGUGGUGUAUGUGACCGCUUCGGGUUAGGAUUUGCUAGUGGCCACAGAGAAUUUACAAAAUUCUGUACAUCAAUCUGUGCCUUGUCAAACUCAAUCAUUAAGAUGCCACAGGGUUUUGAGAUUGAGAGAAUAAGACAAGGAUUUCAGAAACUUAGAGUGAAACCAUUUCCAGGAACAAUCGGUUGCAUCGAUGGCACUCAUAUUGCCUUUUCUGUGAGUAAAGAAGAAAAAAAUGAUCAUAUAAAUAGAAAAGGUUAUCCUAGUGUAGUCCUACAGGCUGUAUGUGAUCAUGAGUUAAAAUUUUUGGAUGUUUAUGCAGGUUGGCCAGGCUCUGCAAAUGAUGCUAGAGUUUUUAGGAACAGUCCAUUAUUUAAAAAUAUGGAAGAGAAAGAGGAUUUUAUACCUUCAGACUGCCAUAUUCUUGGUGACUGUGCCUACCCAUUAAAUAAUAAAAUAAUGACACCAUAUAGAAACAAUGGCCAUUUAACAAGAAAGCAGAAGUUAUUCAAUACAAUUCUGAGUUCUACACGAGUCGUAAUAGAACAAGCUUUUGCACAUCUGUUUGGACGAUUUCGGAAGCUAAUUUAUAUCUAUGUACGAAGAAGGGAAUUUGUUCCAGAUGUGAUUGUAGCUGCCUGUGUUCUACAUAACCUAUGUAUUAUGCAUAAUGAUAUUACACCUGGUAUAUAUGAUCAACUGGAUUUACUUUCUUGCCACAGUACAGAACAGUUUGAUGCAGGUAUUAAUAAAAAUGUCAGUGGGGCACAUAAAAGGGAUCAAAUUGCAGAUUACCUUUUUAAUUUAGAGUGUGCAUAACAUCUUUAUACUGCAAGUCAUGACAAAAAUAAUAAUCUUAUUUAUCUGAAUAAAUAUAAACUAUAACAAUUGUUAUAAAACAUUUAAUCCAUUUUUUGGUUAAAUUGUUUUAAGAAUUAGCUA